UUUUUUACUAGUAUGGCGGUGAUCAGCAACUUAUAGUGGAACUGCGGCGGGCAUUCUGACACUGAGGGGAACUGACUUGGUGUCACUGACAUCCCCAGUGACACCAAUACAGUGAUCAGUGCUAAUAAACAGCACUGACACUGUACUAAUGGCACUGGGCAGGAAGGGGUUAACAUGUGUGGGGGAUCAAAGGGUUAACUGUGUGCAUUUUACUAUGUGCUGUUUUGUGCUGUAUUUCAUUGUAAGCACACUGCUUUGUAUGGCUGUGCUAUGCAGAGCCACACAAAGCAGUGUGCAGGAGCUGACAGGAGAGAGAUCUGUGUUGUUUAUACACAGGUCUCUCCCUCAUGUCGGAGAUACUCGGCGAUCACCGGAUGCUGACGAGAAAACA